GAUCGACAACUGGAGAUAAAGCCGGUAAAGGGUAAAGACAACCCAGCUGACCUGGGAACGAUGUACUGGAUGAUGUUCCGGUACAGCUUCGGAAAAUCGGAGAAAGCGAAGAAGCAAGCGCAAGUGGAUCCGCCCAAGGAGAAGAAAGAUGCAGCAGCAGAGAAAGAAGAAGAGAAGACUGCUGCAGAGAAGGAUAAAGAAGAAGAGCCUCAAGAGCUUGAGGUAGAAGCAAAGGAGAAAGAUGCAGCAGCAAAGGAAGAAGAAGAGAAGCAUGCUGCAGAGAAGGGUAAAGAUGAAGAGCCAAAAGUUUUCGACCCAGAUACAGAGGACUUAUGGAGCCUCAUGUGUGCCUAUGAUGAAGGGUUAGGGGUCGAUUUCAGCCAGCUAACGGAUGGGACCCUCCAGAAGCGAAUGGAGGAGUUCAUGUCGUUGGUAAGACUGCCGCCAGGGCAGUGGCAAGAUGGAGAAGGAAUAAGGCUGGAAGAAUUGCUCGGAGACCUAAGUGCCAGUUUAGAAGACACGCGAGCAAGCCAGCGAGAAGAGAUCCGCAAGAUACAAGAGAAGUUGGAUGAGGAAAAGGAGAAUCUUGCUAAAGCUGAAAGCAUCGUGGAAGAGAUACAGCAAGGAAAAGCGAUGCUAGACGCCACUGAGGCAACGGCAGAGAUUGCGUGA